GCAUGCUUUACAACAUUUCAACUAAAUGACGACUUUCAGUCAGUAUCUCAAUCAUUUUGGUGUCGGAAAUGUCCAAACAAUCGUCAAGAUUAAAGCUCAAAGGCAACAACAACACUUUGAUAGGCGUCAUGAAGGCUUAAAGACAUAAAAGAGGUUGGAAUAAAGACACGUUCCUGGCGAGCAUUAAAGCAUUUCCACUUCAUAACGCAAACGUGAAGCCACAAAUAGCGUCGUCGACUCUCUGUCCCUUGACCACUUUAAGUGACUGUAUGUGAGUCCACCACAAUGUCUGAAGCGUCUGUGCAUCAGCAGCCUAACUCUCUGGCCUUCCUGGAGUCCAGUUGUGGUUCGGGUGACAACGUACUUUCCAUUGAUCCUGUUUUGGAUACAGCCAAUGAGUCCUCAGAGGAAGAGCCCACAGCGGAAAGGGAAGAGGAGACUAUUGGCCAUGUUACAGCCAAGGUCCCCACUGAAUACGCCUUGAACGUACAAACAGUAAAUCCCCAGCGUCCAGACUCUCUGUCAGUGACAGCCAGAGCAGCGCCACAAUCUGACUUGUGGACGUGUCAGCGCGACGGUGAAGUAAACCUUCGCAUGGAGGACACCGGUCUGGCCGCUGAGACCCCGUUGACAGUUCAUCAACUCUUUACCUCAACUGUGAAGAAGUUUGGCAACUAUACUGCUGUGAGUUGGAAGGAGGGUGAGCAGAAGAAGAGCCUGAACUACAUAGAAUACUACGAGACCUGCCGCACUGCAGCCAAGAGCUUCCUUAAGCUUGGGUUACAACGCUACCAUGGCGUCGGUAUCUUAGGCUUCAACUCUGUGGAGUGGUUCAUUGCUGAUAUUGGAGCCAUUUUGGCAGGUGGCUUCGCUGUAGGCAUCUACACAACCAAUUCCCCAGAGGCAUGCCAGUAUGUGGCAGAGAACUGCAAGGCCAACUUCAUCGUGGUGGAAAACCAAAAGCAACUGCAAAAGAUCCUUCAGGUGCAGGACCAGCUGCCACACUUAAAAGCCAUCAUCCAGUACAAAGGUGCACUAAAAGAGAAAAGACCAAAUCUGUACAGUUGGGAUGAGUUCAUGGAGCUGGGACGUGACGAGCCUGAUGCGCCGCUUGAUGAAAUUAUCUCUAGCCAGAAGCCUAAUCAGUGCUGCACGCUCAUUUACACCUCAGGGACCACCGGACAGCCCAAAGGGGUCAUGCUCAGCCAUGACAACAUGACAUGGACUGCACUUUCCACCGGUCGCCACGUGCGCCUGACGAACGCCACGGAGUCCCAGGAGGUGGUGGUCAGCUACCUCCCGCUCAGCCACAUCGCAGCUCAGAUGGUGGACAUCUGGGUCAAUAUGAGGGUCGGUGGGGUUACACACUUCGCUGACCCAGACGCGCUUAAGGGCACUUUAGUGAAUACCAUGAAAGAGGUGAGGCCCACGGCCUUCCUGGGUGUGCCACGUGUCUGGGAGAAGAUGCAAGAGAAGAUGAAGUCUGUCGGAGCCAAGUCCUCAACUGUGCGCCGAAAAGUUGCCGCCUGGGCCAAAGACGUGGGUCUGCAGACCAAUCUGAGAAAGAUGAAUCAAUCGGGUGCGGCAGACCCAACAUCGUUGAGCUACCAAAUAGCCAAGAAGCUUGUGUUCAAGAAGGUGCGCAAGGCUCUGGGGCUGGACCGCUGCUACAGGUGCUACACAGGCGCCGCCCCCAUGACAAGAGACACUCUGGAGUUUUUCCUCAGUCUGGACAUUCCACUGUACGAGCUUUACGGCAUGAGCGAGAGCACAGGACCUCACACAGUCUCCCUCCCAGAUGCUUUCCGGCUGACCAGCUGUGGCAAGGAGCUCCCAGGCUGUAAGACAAAGCUACACAACCCAGACAAGUACGGGAAUGGCGAAAUCUGCUUCUGGGGUCGCCACAUCUUUAUGGGUUACCUCAACAUGCCCGACAAGACAAGGGAAGCUCUUGAUGCGGAGGGCUGGCUGCACUCUGGCGACUUGGGAAAACGCGACCAAAAUGGAUUUUUAUUCAUCACUGGCAGAAUUAAAGAGUUGAUCAUCACAGCAGGCGGAGAGAACAUCCCUCCCGUCCCUAUUGAGGAUGCAGUGAAGGAAGCCUUGCCGCUGAUAAGCAACGCUAUGCUGAUUGGAGACAAGAGGAAGUUUCUGUCCAUGCUGAUCACCGUCAAGUGCGAGGUGAAUGCAGAAGCUGCCCCGCUGGACGAGCUCACUCCAGAGGUGGUGGAGAUCUGCAAGAAACUGGGCAGCAAGGCCACGCGCGUCUCUGAGAUCGCGGGUGGCCGCGAUCGCGCCAUCAAUGCCGCCAUCCAGGAGGGGAUCAACCACGUUAACGAGAAAGCAACCUCCAAUGCUCAGCGCAUCCAGAAGUGGCACAUUCUGGAGAAAGACUUUUCCGUCAUUGGAGGGGAACUGGGUCCCACCAUGAAGCUGAAACGACCAGUGGUAGCCGAGCUGUACAAAGAGCAGAUUGACAACUUUUACAAAGAAGUCUCAUCUCCAACAACCCCUGACAACCUGCUGCCCCCCAAGUAGAGCUUGCACACACCUGUGCUUGCUUCUUGCAUUUAUUAUUCUUUUUUUUAAUGCUCUCUAUUGGCUUACUUUGUUUGUUUGUUUGCUUGUUAAGUCACAGUUUACAUUUGUGAGGUUGUGAAAGAGCUUUAUGAUUUUUGAAGACAUGAGUAAGCUUAACUAUUUAUAAAUCACAGCAACUGUCAAAAAACGUAUCAUUCUUGCACUGUAAUACGUCAAUCUAAUAUUGAAUUCAUAGAAUGUUUGAAAAUGGUUGUGUAUUUAUUUCCAGUUUGGCCAUAAAUGAGCUUAAUUUCAAGUGAAAUGCAAGCGGUCUACUUUACUUCUAUUUCCUUAGCAGGCCAGGAUUGACUGCAAAUAGAACAAGAAGGAUGUAAAUAAUUGUGUCAUCCAAGCCAUAUAUGUGAAGCUUUUUGGCUAAUAUCUCUGUGCUGGAUGGCCUGUGUGCACAAGAGCUACAACCGCUUUAACUCCAGUGUGCACAAUUGGUGCAUUACACUGCAGUGUAAAUAUGUCUUUUAAUUUUUUUUGCUCACUUUAAUGUACGAGCUAUACAACUGUCGAUUUGCAAAUAUAUCAAUCUGCCUUUGGCCUCUUUUUACCGUCGCCACACUUCAUGCAACUUGAUUUCAAAAGAAGACAUGUCCUACUUGAAAUGUUGGAAUCCAAAGAGUUGUGAUGUGUAGAUGAAGUCUGAACAGAGAAUAUGUCUGGCAUUUGUAGCACUCUUGAUUGUUUUGUGACAGUGGGUUUGACGGGGCUCAAACUAAGUUCAGGGUCAAUGUGGUGUAAUUUAUGAUAUAUACGAUGAUACAGUUUUUGUGUAUAUGAGGGGGUUAGUGGGGUAAUUUUUGAGCUUUUUCCUAGUAUUCUGUGCCAUCAGAUUUCCUGUUCCACCCCUCUAAUGAAGGAAUGUGCUAUUAGUGUCAUUCAGCAUAUAGCAUGAAGCUGUGAAGUUGCCUGUAAACUGGACUCUAUUAGCACUUGGUGCAAAAUGCUGCAAACUAAUGUCAAUGAUCAGAUAUGGAAUAAAGGUUGACCACCUUCA